UGAAUUUAAAAGAGGGCCAUGCGCCUGCGGAACAUCCUGGUGGAAGAAAUUUCUAGUAGUUUCUAGUUGUCGCUCCACAGCUCCGGACUUCUCAUCUUGCUCAUUAAAAACACCUCUCUAUGCCUCACCCUCUCCAUCUCUGGAUAUACAAGAUUUUCGAAAUUUAUCUGCAAAUUCAUUAAACAAGAUCAGCACCAACGCUGAGUUUUUCGACAAUUCUCUCGGAGCAAGCGAAUUCCGUGGAAGACGUCUCUAUUCAUCUCAAAGGUUUUUGUGUUUUUAAUUGAGGAAGAGUUGUGAGAAUGAACCCUGAUAAGUUUACCAACAAGAGCAAUGAGGCCAUAGCAGAGGCACAUGCGCUGGCCAUGAAUGCAGGGCACGCACAAUUUACGCCUCUGCAUAUUGCAGUGGCCAUGCUGUCUCACCGCGAUGGUAUUUUCAGACAAGCCAUUGUAAAUGCUAGUGGCAGCCAAGAGACUGCCAAUUCCGUUGAGAGGGUCUUCAAUCAGGCAAUGAAGAAACUGCCCACGCAGACCCCACCUCCAGAUGAAAUCCCGGCAGGCACUUCGCUGAUUAAGGUGAUUCGGAGAGCUCAGGCACUUCAAAAGUCACGCCAAGACUCGCAUUUGGCGGUUGAUCAGUUAAUUUUGGGACUGUUGGAGGAUUCCCAGAUCGGAGACCUUUUGAAGGAAGCUGGGAUCAGCUCUUCCAGGGUGAAAUCAGAGGUUGAGAAGCUUAGGGGUAAGGAAGGCAAGAAGGUGGAAAGUGCCUCGGGAGACACCACUUUCCAGGCGCUCAAAACGUACGGUCGUGAUCUGGUGGAGCAGGCUGGAAAACUCGACCCCGUCAUUGGCAGAGAUGAAGAAAUCCGAAGAGUUGUUAGGAUCCUUUCAAGGAGGACAAAGAACAACCCGGUCCUCAUUGGAGAGCCUGGUGUUGGAAAAACAGCCGUUGUUGAGGGAUUGGCACAAAGAAUUGUUAGAGGUGACGUUCCAAGCAAUCUUGCUGAUGUGAGGCUUAUUGCUCUAGACAUGGGAGCACUGGUUGCAGGAGCAAAGUACAGAGGAGAAUUUGAGGAAAGGUUGAAAGCUGUGUUGAAGGAAGUAGAAGAAGCCGAAGGGAAAGUCAUUCUCUUCAUUGAUGAGAUUCAUCUGGUGUUGGGCGCCGGUAGGACGGAGGGAUCUAUGGAUGCUGCCAACCUCUUUAAGCCGAUGCUCGCUAGGGGCCAACUAAGGUGCAUUGGUGCAACAACUCUUGAGGAGUACAGGAAGUAUGUGGAAAAGGAUGCUGCAUUUGAGAGGCGUUUCCAGCAGGUUUAUGUUGCUGAGCCUAGUGUUCCAGACACGAUCAGCAUCCUGAGAGGGUUGAAGGAGAAGUAUGAGGGACAUCAUGGUGUCAAAAUCCAAGACAGGGCACUUGUCAUUGCGGCCCAGCUCUCUGCUAGGUACAUCACAGGGCGUCAUUUGCCAGAUAAAGCAAUUGACUUGGUUGACGAGGCUUGUGCUAAUGUGAGGGUUCAGCUUGACAGCCAACCUGAGGAAAUAGACAAUCUCGAGAGGAAGAGGAUUCAGCUGGAAGUGGAGCUUCACGCCCUCGAAAAGGAGAAAGAUAAAGCAAGUAAAGCUCGGCUAACGGAUGUGAGGAAGGAGCUUGAUGACUUGAGGGACAGGCUUCAGCCUUUGUUGAUGAAAUACAACAAGGAGAAGGAGAGAAUUGAUGAGCUCAGGAGGCUGAAACAGAAGCGAGAUGAACUUAUGUAUGCUUUACAAGAAGCUGAGAGGAGAUAUGAUCUUGCCAGGGCAGCAGAUUUGAGAUAUGGCGCGAUUGAGGAGGUGGAAGCCGCAAUUUCCAGGCUUGAGAGCAGUAGCGGUACAGGAGAGGAGGAGGGUGCAAUGCUGACCGAGACUGUUGGACCAGAGCAGAUUGCAGAGGUUGUGAGCAGGUGGACAGGGAUACCUGUCACAAGGUUGGGCCAAGACCAGAAAGAGAGGCUGAUUGGGCUUGCUGACAGGUUGCACCAGAGAGUGGUCGGACAGGAUAUAGCUGUAUGUGCAGUUGCAGAGGCAGUACUGCGGUCCCGAGCCGGACUGGGUCGUCCACAACAGCCCACUGGUUCUUUCCUCUUCUUGGGUCCAACCGGUGUUGGCAAGACUGAGCUUGCCAAAGCUCUAGCAGAGCAACUGUUUGAUGAUGACAAAUUGAUGGUUAGGAUUGACAUGUCUGAGUACAUGGAACAACACUCAGUGGCCAGACUCAUUGGAGCUCCACCAGGCUAUGUUGGGCAUGAAGAAGGUGGGCAGCUAACCGAAGCAGUGAGGAGGCGACCUUACAGUGUGAUUCUAUUUGACGAGGUAGAAAAGGCCCAUACAAGUGUCUUCAAUACUCUGCUCCAAGUUCUUAAUGAUGGAAGACUAACAGAUGGACAAGGCCGUACAGUUGAUUUCACCAACACCGUCAUCAUCAUGACCUCAAACAUCGGAGCAGAGUAUCUCCUGAGUGGUCUCCUGGGGAAGUGUGGGAUGGACAGUGCCCGUGAAUUGGUGAUGCAGGCUGUGAGGAAACACUUCAAGCCAGAGCUGCUGAAUCGGCUGGAUGAGAUUGUGGUGUUUGAUCCUUUGUCCCAUGAGCAGCUGAGGAAAGUGUGCCGGCUUCAGCUGAAAGAUGUAGCGGUGCGCCUGGCUGAGAGGGGUAUCGCGUUGGGGGUCAGUGAGGCUGCUCUGGAUGUUGUGUUGGCAGAAAGCUAUGACCCGGUGUAUGGAGCAAGACCAAUAAGGAGGUGGUUGGAGAAGAAGGUAGUGACUGAAUUGUCCAAGAUGCUGGUGAGGGAGGAGAUUGAUGAGAAUUCAACUGUGUUCAUUGAUGCGGUAGGGAAAGCCCUGAGUUACCGGGUGGAGAAGAACGGAGGUGUAGUGAAUGCUACAACUGGGCAGAAAAGUGAGAUAUUGAUCCAAGUCCCUAACAACAACAGUAUGAGUGAAGCUGCUCACACUGUAAAAAAGAUGAAGAUUGAAGAAAUCGAUGAGGAUGAUGAAAUGGAAGACUAAGUAUGCUAGCUUGUUUGAUUUUGUUCUUUGGUGUGCCUAAUGGGAGCACGAAGCCUUGUUAGAUAAUCACUUCGUUGCUUCUUUUGUUUGUGCUUUGAAUGAAAUAAACAAUUUCUUUUGUUUGCUCAUGUUGGUGUUUUUGUGAGGUUUAUUAUCAAACUGCG